CUUCCCUUCGGAACAUCCACAAAUGGAGCUUUCAAUUUCCUCUCGCCUCCUCCACAAUUCCUCCUCUAACGCCGCCGCAAUCACGCUACUAAAAUCCAAGCCCAGUGUUCAUCAUAGACAUACUUCAAUCCCUCUUCUUCCUCUCCAACACUCACUCUCCCCUCUCACUUUGAAACAAAUGAAUAACAACAAUUCCCAAUCAACGCUUUCUUGUUCCUCUUUUCCCCAGAGAAACACCUCUCCUGCUCCAAAUUCCGCUUCAAUUGUCUCAGGUCGUAUUGGAGAAGUGGAAAGGGUAACGAAAGAGACGAAUGUGUGGGUUAAGAUAAACUUGGAUGGAACUGGAGUUGCUAAUUCUACUACAAGUAUUCCCUUUCUUGAUCAUAUGCUGGAUCAAUUAGCCUCUCAUGGGCUGUUCGACGUGCACGUCAAGGCUACCGGAGACAUUCACAUUGAUGAUCAUCACACCAAUGAAGAUGUUGCCCUUGCUCUUGGAACGGCAUUGCUUCAGUCACUUGGUGACCGCAAAGGGAUUAACCGGUUUGGUGAUUUUUCAGCUCCUCUCGAUGAGGCAUUAGUGCAUGUUUCACUGGAUUUAUCUGGCCGACCGCAUUUAAGUUAUGAUUUAAACUUUCCUACGGCAAGAGUCGGGACAUAUGACACUCAGUUGGUGGAGCAUUUUUUCCAGUCUUUGGUCAAUACUUCUGGCAUGACACUACACAUACGGCAGCUUGCUGGAAAAAAUUCACAUCAUAUUAUUGAGGCAACCUUUAAGGCUUUCGCUAGGGCCCUUAGGCAGGCAACGGAGUACGAUCCACGUCGCCUUGGGACUAUACCAAGCUCAAAAGGGGUUCUAUCAAGAUCUUGAUGUUUAUUUUAAGUUUGGAAGCUUUGGGCAUUUGAGGCUCACAAGCUAUAUAUUACUUGGACUUGGGAUAUCGACACGAGUAUGGUUAUAUUUUCUGAGAUUUUACGAGCAUAUAGAGGAUCAUUGAAGGUCAUAUCCUCGUAUUCAUGUGUCAGACACGUGUCAAACAUGGUUACUU